UGAGCYUGACGGCUCUGUCAGACAAAUUCACUCACGUCUCAAAACUACACUAACUUCGACAUGACUGUCAAGACAGUACCUGAUGGAGGCUUCGGUUGGUGUGUCUGUGCAGCCGGGUUUAUGGUGCAAUUUCUUGUGCUUGGAAUACACAACUCGUUCGGGAUCUUGUUCAUACAUUUGAUGAUAGACCUCCAAGCKCCGGCAUUCGUUACAGCAUGGAUAGGGUCCAUAGCRUUUGGAAUGAACUUUCUGUGYGGUCCAAUAGUCAGCGGUUUAUCGCUUCGGUUUGGAUGUCGAAUCGUUGGAUGUGUAGGUGGCGUCAUAUCAGCUCUUGGUCUACUAAUGACGUCAUUCUCUAACAGUAUAUACGUCAUGUACUUCACAUAUAGUGUUUUAUGGGGACUGGGAUCUAGUAUGACGUAUGGACCAACUAUGAUGAUACUGGGUCAAUAUUUCAGACGACAUUUGUCAACAGCUAACGGUAUUGUCACYGCUGGUAGUGGUGUUGGCACCUUAGCUAUAGGUCCUUUAUAUCAUGUACUAGUAACAUCAUUUGGAUGGAGAAUAUUGCUAAGAAUUAUGAGUGGAGCUACAGUAAUUUUGUUUAUAUCUUCAUUGUUCUAUCGACCGAUAAGAAGCAAGAUUUYUGAGGMAGAAGAGCAACCAARGCAAAAAUUAAUAGAUGUUUCUGUAUGGAGGGAUAGUGCUUUUGUYGUAUGGGUKAUGUCGAUGUCCAUGCUCUUUAUAGGAUAUUUUGUUCCGUUUAUUCAUUUGCCAAACCAUGCCAUUAAUCUUGGAAUAAAGCCACAACUAGCUUCGUUACUCAUCGGAUAUUUAUCGAUUUCAUCGACGGUUUCCCGAGUUUUAUUCGGUAUUUUCUUAAAUCAUCCAGGAGUAAAUCGGUUUUAUGUUCUUCAGAUUUGUUUUCUUAUGAUGGCUGUGACAACUACUCUAUGUCCGCUGGCCAUUUCGUAUGAAGGGCUCAUCGUAUACGUCGUAAUGUUUGGAGCGUUUGAUGGUUGCUUUGUCUURUUAAUAGCUGUAUCAACCGCUGACAUAGUAGGACCGAACAAACUAAUCCAAGCCUUGGGGAACCUAUAUGGGGUCAUUGCUAUUCCAAUGAUAUUUGGKCCCCCUCUAGCAGGGCAACUGUUUCAAAUCUCAGGUUCUUAUGAAAAUGCGUUUUUCCUGGCUGGCGGAGUCAUGGCCAUUGGUACAUGCACAUUAUCACUUAUCCCAUUAUACAUCAAGCCACAUGAGCCCGAGCAAAUAGCGGUCAGCGGUCCUUCACACGUCACAAAAACGUCAUCAACAGAAGAAAAGCCAAGUAGAGAUAACAGCAUUAUUUACCGGCCAGUGGUAAUACAUAAAGAGCAGGAUCAACAGUCGUUAAUAACAUAUGACAUUAAGAGAUUUUCUUUAUCUUCAAUCACGUGGACAAUUUCCGACUACGCGAUUGGUCGGUUGGGYGAUGUGUUUGGUCUYGAGUCAGUCAUUGAAUCAAUGGAUAGAGAAUCUUUUGUUUAAUAUAUAUAAUAAAUCAAUACAAUUUCCACCAAUAAGACUCYAAUUUACAGUUCYCAGCGCCAUCUUGAAAGGUAACCGAGCCUUUGCUUCAAAGCGAGACAGCGGUUUAGCUCUGUUGUGACGAUAGAUACGUCAAUGACCGUCUUAGGUGUGAAAARAGGAUUUAUAAAUGCGCAGCCUCCACUCCUGUCUCAUUUUGAUGCAAAUGCACGAGCUUUGCUCCAAAUAGACCUCUGAAGCUUUUACGUCAUGUACCGUAUACGCAAUGCAUUGUAGGAUAUGUUUGGGACAGAACAUGGCGGAUUUUGCUUUUUGUCUUCUCNAUCAA